UUUUCAGAUUUUGAAAAUGCGACAUUUUCGCGACGCAGUGUCGCUAUGUACGCUCUGCUCAAAAGUCAGGUUAUUGACCCAGUAUGAUCCCGGUAUCUCAAUUUCAAGAGGCAAUGUGUUUCGGGCGUUCGAACCAAAGCCAGAUAGACGAAGUCGGCAAACAGGUGCACAAUCAAAGCAAAAGUUUAUCAAAAAUCCAGAAGAUCGAGACUACGAAUUGUCUCUCAACCCACAGCCGCGGGAGGAGAGGAUGCCAGUUGAUCAGGACUGGACUGCAGUUUGGCCAACUGCACAGGUGUUUCGUCCCUCUGUCGUGCCUCUUCCGAUUAGAAUGGGCAAAGGCGCCAGUGUAGUGACAGGGUUCGUCCCUCCUUCAAAGUACGCGAAUGUGGAACUGCUCAAAAUCAACAACUUCCUACAUCUUACUCCUCCAGCAGUUGAGAAACACUGCAAUACAAUCAAGAAAUUUAUGACGAAGUUUCCGGAAGAGUUGAAGGAUGAGCAUCUAAGAAGAGAGCACUUUCCUCUGGAGAUCACGACGAGUGACUUCUGUUUUUCGGGCCCAGCUGUACGUCAUCCGGAUUCAAGAAUAUGCACCCUGAAAAUAAAUUUGACUGAUUUGAAUUUGGAGGAAAGAGCGAGGAAUAAAUUGAUACUUCUGCUCGAAGACAGGUACGACGUAGAAAAUGACACCAUGACCAUAGUGACAGACAGGUGUCCGACGAGGAAACAGAACAGAGACUACGCCAUCUAUCUACUCACUGUUCUCUACCACGAGAGCAACCGAGUUCAACCCUUCGAGGAGUCCAAAUCAGAACAUGACGAUGAGAAAUUCAUUUGGGAUCGAAGUAAAGCCAAAGCUGCACUGGAGGAAUAUCUCGAAAUAUGCAAAGAAACUGACGAAAGAGAUUCGAGUUCAAACAUUGAGAAGUUUGGAUGUGUGAUGACCAAAUUAGUGGACGAAGGAGAAACGCAGGAAAACUUGGAAGAGUUGAAAAAUGCAUCUAUUGAGUUUCUCGAGUUGAAACCGUUUUCAAUUGAAGCAAAAGAGAUAUCUAAUUAAUUUUAUU